CUCACUCUUGCUGUAACACUUCAACACCCCCCCUCCUUUUCCUCCUCCUCCUCCUCCUCCUCCUCCUCCUCCUCCCCCAUUCACUGAUGACUGAUUCGUCAUUUUCUUCUUUUUUUUCUUCAUUCCAUUCCUCCUCUUCUUCCUACCCACAACAGGCACGAUAAACUACCAUUAAACCCACUCGCAAUGGAAUUUCUCAGGCACUGGCGCGAGUUUGCCUUCGCCACUAAACCGCACUCCUCCGCCUCUCCAGGGAGUGUGCGCCCGCCGAAACCUUCGUUGGCAACACAAAUCCCUGAAAUCCUCCAAGAGAUAUUCUCUUACCUCUCCCAGCAUGACCUUCAGCACCGCUCCAGCGGGGUCAACCGUCUCUGGCGUGCCAUGAGUGUCUCCCUGAUCCAGGGCUCCGUCCUCUGGAAGGACACCCUCGCGCUCGACGACCAGCUGGCCAGACUCUCCAGACUCGGUUCCGCCCAAAUCAAGACCCUAUACUGCUACGCUCAGGACAAGAGAACCUUCCCCGCCUUUCACUCGGGCAUUGAGCAGGAUGUCGACCAGGCCUGGGAACGCUUCCAGGAGGCCAUCACCAUCCUUGUUGAGAACAGGAGAGGCAAUUCCUUCGUCCACAAUGACAGCAGCAUCACAGACGAACUACCUUGGCGGACUAUCGUCUUUGCUGGAUGGAACUGCUUUAAUCAGAGGUGGGAUCCAUUGAUACGCCAGUGUCACGGCUUCUGGGGCGUCGUCUCCCUCCGUCUCGAGCACCUCACUCCUGGAGUCGUCGACUUGAGUUGCAUCUUCGAGAGCCUCCCAGGGCUCGAGGAACUCGUCAUCGAGUCAUCCGAAUCCAAACCUUUUACUUACAAGCGCAACACCACCAUCACUUGGAGAACCCGGGAACAGCAGCUCUGGAAGCAACAACGACCCAUCCAUAUCCUCAAACUGCGCACACUAGCGCUUCGACGCCUGAUCGUCGACCAAACCAUGCUUGAAAUCGUCCUAAGUGCCAUGCCCAACCUGCGUUCCCUUGAACUCAUGCAUCUGAUCGCUAACUUUGAGUUCGCAGAGGCUUCGAUCGACCGACAGAGCUUAGUCGUCUUUUUAGCAAAGACCUGCCCAGAAUUGAUUCACCUCCAUUUCUCAAUCUCGGGCUGUCCUAUGACUAUCCCGGAUGCCACCCAAGUUCGCGGCAUGUUCUCCAAGAUACAGUCCAUGUCCUUGCCUGCCCGAGAUUUGCAGACCGGGACUCUGGAGAUCAUUGCGGAUCGAUUGACGAACCUCGAGAUCGAGUGCUUCGGAUACUUCUAUAGCGUCGAACUAGGGGGCUUGCUUCAUGACUAUCUAUGCCAGGCGCCAUUAUUGUUGCACCUCAAGGCGUACCGGGUUCGACUCCCUCUGGAAAAAUUCAUUCUCAAGCUCCCGGCAUUGAAUGGGUCUCCGUCAAACAUCUAUGACAAACCCAUCUGGGCGUGCAAGAAUCUACGUACUCUGUACGUGACAAUCGAGUCCAUCUCGCCGCUCCCCGCCUCUGAAGAAACGGGCGCCUCCCGCAGGAUAUUCGGAUACAUUUCCAGGCUCUGUCCACAGCUGGAGGACAUUGCAAUCGAGCGCAUGUACCUGCAUGCGGAUAUCUUUGCGGGUCUGCCGUUGCUCACGCGAUGUCGGCGGCUGCGGCGACUCAGGAUUUGUACAAGUCUGCAGCCAUUUGUGCGGGAGCAUGAUCUUGAGUGGAUAUGCCUUGGCAUGAUUGACGAUAAACCAAGCAGGAACAGCGUUAGUAGCAGUAUCAACAGCGGGCAUAGCAGUAACCACGGCUGUAGUAUGCAGCAGAACAACGCACGAUACAGUUUACUUGGAGGAUUUGCGGGUGCACUGCAGGCGGUUCAGAGGAUGAGCAAGGGCGUUGCGGGCAUCAGCAAGAGUGCAAGGGAAUCAAGAGUCAGGGCGUUGAUCGAGGAUUUGAAACGCAUACGGACUGUGCCACACAACUCGGUUGCCGUGAGUACAAAUUCCUCGACGAUACCAGAUGUAACUCCAGCCAUAGGGUCGACGCACAGCUCGAUGUGCAUGUCAACACCAGCACUACGUGCCACUAUUGAGCGCCUCGAGAGGAAGACGGACGAUGACGAGCUCGAAGAACUGGAUCCGGCUGAGAUGACGACUCUGGACAACGUCAAGCAUGUGGCGAAACAAUUGGAAAAACUUGUGCAGAUGUCGGCCAAUACGUCCAGGGACCUGAAUAAGGCGUGUUGCUGGCCGAGGCUGGAGAAGUUUGAGAUCUACCAAAUGGUCUCCUUGUCAGCUCCAGUCUCCCAGAAUCAGGAGCUGAUUCUGCGUCUGCGACCUGACUUGGAGCCAGCGCAAAGAUGCACAAGCGUACAGUAAACCAAAAUGUAUAAUAAUAAAUGUGAUCCA